UAAGUAUAUUACUAGAGCAUGGUUAGCAGCAACACCCCAAAGCUGAAGAAUAGACAAUUGGACAACCUGUCUGCUCCGCCUCCGCCUCCGCCUCCACCUUCCUCCAAUCCAACAAGCUCCCCUCUUGCUGUGUGUUUCUCCUGGGUUUUGAGCUUAAGGAUCCAGGCGGAGGCAUCGCCGGUUUCUUAGAUUGGCGCUGCGGUUCAAGAAUUGGGAUUGAGCGGCCGGCCCUUGGUUCAGCCCCUGGAGUUCUUUUGCAGUGAUAAAUGGCAGGUUGGUCACCUCAGCACAAAUUCAGUCAAUUCUGCCAUGGCUUUAUUGGUUUUAGAAUGGGUCGAUGAAAUCUAGUCAAGGUCGUCUUUACGCGUAUUAUGCUCCACUAAUCUAUUACAAGGCCCGUACAGCAGCUCACACGGCUCAGUGCUUGUUUAAGCUUAAUGUCUGCUUCUUCUUUCAUCGAACUUAGGUUCUACUGAAAAAGAAAAAAGGAUGAUCUUGAACCUCUGUCACUCUGCAUUUCCAACUAAUUCAUGUCAUGUACUCCUACGCGCUGUAACAGCUUGGCCUGGCCAUAAUGGAGUGUUUUGUUUCGCUUUAAUGGUGCAUUUGUGUGGAUGAAGGCGAGAAUAUAAUCCCUCAACAAAAGCCACCGAACCUGCAAACGAAAUCUUUUGAUUCCCUGAAAAUGUCAGUGCGUCGUCGGUCAGAGAGCAUGGAAGGGCUGUUCUUGUUAGAAGAGAGGAAGGAUAGGAGGUCGGACGUGGAGAACUCUGAGGAUGAGAGGAGAAGGCUGUCCAUUGGCGGGUCACUCAAGAAGAAAGCGCUAAAUGCAUCAAGCAAGCUCACACAUUCACUCAAGAAGCGGGGGAAGAGAAAGGUUGAGCAUCGGGCUUCUUCCUUCACAAUUGAAGAUGUCAGAGAUGAGGAAGAGGAACGUGCUGUCUUUACAUUUCAGCAAGAGCUUCUGAGCAGGAACUUGCUGUCAGACAAGCAUAAUGACUAUCACAUGUUGCUCAGGUUUCUGAAGGCUAGGAAAUUUGACACUGAUAAAGCCAUCCAUAUGUGGGCUGAGAUGCUCCAAUGGAGAAAAGAAUUCGGUGCGGAUACAAUACUAGAGGAUUUCAAUUUCGAAGAGCUAGAUGAGGUUCUUUGCUAUUAUCCUCAAGGCUACCAUGGAGUUGACAGGCAAGGAAGACCAGUAUACAUAGAGAGAUUAGGGAAAGUUGACCCAAGUAAACUUAUGAACAUCACUACAGUUGAUCGCUACAUCAAGUAUCAUGUGCAAGAGUUUGAGAGAGCCUUCUCAGAUAAGUUUCCAGCAUGCUCUAUCGCGGCGAAAAGGCACAUUGAUUCUACCACAACUAUACUAGAUGUUGACGGCGUGGGUUUCAAGAACUUCAGCAAGACAGCAAGGGAGAUGUUGACCAGAAUGCAAAAGAUCGACAGUGAUUAUUAUCCCGAGACACUGCAUCAAAUGUUUGUUGUAAAUGCUGGCAAUGGUUUCAAGCUACUAUGGAAUUCAGUGAAAGGUUUUCUUGACCCUAAAACUGCAUCAAAGAUACAUGUUUUGGGAACAAAGUUCCAAAGCAAACUUCUUGAAGUAAUAGAUGCAAGCCAACUUCCUGAAUUUUUGGGUGGAACAUGCACUUGUGCUGGUGAGGGAGGAUGUCUCAAGUCUAACAGAGGUCCAUGGAACGAUUCUAACAUUAUGAAGCUUGCACAUAACAAGGAAGCAAAAUUUGUACGGCAUACCAGACGGUUAUCUGAGAUCGAACAACGAAGGGGAUCAUUUGCUAGGCUACAUCUUUUGAAGGGUAGGAACAGUGAUACUUCAACAGUUGAGUCAGGAUCGGACGUUGAUGAUAUGGGUUCUCCUAUGAUGAGAAGGACAUUGGAGUGUAGUCGAUUAGCUCCAGUUCGCGAAGAAAUGCAGAUGAGAGCACGAGACUCUGCAGCUUAUUACAGUUGCGAUGAUCACUUUGUCGUGGUGGACAAAACAGUCGAUUAUGGCAGAGGAUCGAUGCCGGAUAAAAGCAUUACCUCAGAAGUAAGAGCUCAAGCCCGGCCUUUAGGCAUUGCCACAUCACAAAACAUGGCAGGUCCUUCAAGAAACGGACAUGGUACAGUAGUACCCAAAGAGAUUCAGGCCGAAGGGAAAUUCUACAAUUUUCUCAGAUUACUGCUGGCUCUGAUUGUUAGAGUUCUUGCCUUGUUCCACAUAGUACACAGUCAAUCAGCGACGACGAGGGUCAAUAAUCCACCACCACCACCUGAGCCUGAGCCUGAAACGAUCUCUGGUGAUCAUCCAGCAGCGGAAGCAUUCAGUCUGGACCAUAUCAGUCCUGUCAUUGAGCGCCUUCAAAGGCUCGAGGGUAGGGUUGAUGAGCUUGGCAGCAAGCCCCCGGAGAUCCCGCUGGAGAAAGAACGCUCUCUCUUGGAAUCAUGGGAUAGGAUCAAAUGUAUUGAAUCUGAUCUCGAAAGGACAAAGAAGGUGCUGCAAGCUACGGUGAUGAAGCAACUGGAAAUUGCAGAGUCAAUAGAGGAAGUUAUCUUGUCAAAGCUGCAUAGACGAAGAUUUUGUGCGUAAUAAAUAAUGAUAGCUCCUUAACAAACAACAUGAGUCAUCGAGGAAAUAAGACUUGAGAGUUGUGACUGUUUAGCGGGACAAGGUUAAGCAUAAGAUGGAGUUGGCGUGUGCAGAUCGUGCAUUCACAUGUUCAGAUUGGCUCAAAGAUUGGGUGUUGCAUAGAAUCAGUUCACAUUUCAUCAUUUUCCUUGUAACCAAAGAUGCUUGUCUAUUCUUCAGGUUAACAAAGAGCAUGUUAGGGUGAAAUGGGUGAAGUCUGUGGUAGACUAAAAUCGAGUUAUCCAGAAUUCCGUCCCAAAUCAUCACUCUUGACUUAGUGUUGUCCUUGAACUAUAAAUCUGACUCAUUUUUAUCCA